GUGAACAUCUGCUGUUCAUAAAGAGCAGCGCACAAUAUUUUGGUGUUUUUAUUUUUUUUAAAAAGUUAUGUUAUUCGACAUUAAAAUGUGACUUAUGUGCGAAAUGGCGGCUCUGACGAGUAGUUUAUUUACACAUUUUACCCGACAAACGACGAUGGAAAGUACCGACGGUUCGGUAUCCAUGGAUUCUAGUGAUAUUAUAGACAACGCGAGCUGUUGUAGUGAAGAAACAGUGUUAUCAGUGGGUAACGAAGAGCCGCUGACCUUUAAAAACAUCGAAAAUCACUUGAUACAAAUAUCAGAAUCAUCUAGUCCAGUAGUUAAUAGUACAAAAUCGAACUUUAGUGACGUAAACAUUAAACAUAAUUUAAAAGAUGUUUCGGACGAAGAAAAUCCUCGAUUGAAAUUUUCCAUCGAUAAUAUUUUGAAAGCAGAUUUCGGCAGGAGGAUCACGGAUCCUUUGCAUGUCAAGAAGACGGUUCCGAAGAGGGUGGUUCGUGAAUGUGUGGAAAGUACUACCAAAGUGGUGCCGACGGGACCUGUGGAUUUGAGCAGGACCGAAGAAAAAGAAAAAAAGGAAGAGAAACAACCUAUUUUGUGGCCGGCUUGGGUUUAUUGCACUCGAUAUAGUGAUCGACCGAGUUCAGGAAGAAGUCCUAGAACUCGACGGCCGAAAAAGCCUGGAGGAGGUAAGGCGGUAAGUACCGCGGGAUCUCCCGAAGAGAAACGACCUCGUACCGCAUUCUCCGGCGCGCAGUUGGCAAGACUGAAGCACGAAUUCGCAGAAAAUCGUUACCUCACCGAAAAACGACGCCAACAACUCAGCGCCGAAUUGGGCUUGAACGAAGCUCAAAUUAAAAUUUGGUUCCAAAAUAAAAGGGCGAAAAUCAAAAAAGCAUCCGGUCAGAAAAACCCCCUCGCUCUUCAGCUGAUGGCUCAAGGGUUAUAUAAUCAUUCAACUAUACCUCUAUCAAAGGAAGAAGAAGAAUUGCAAGAAAUGCACGAAAAGAGCGCGUAGAAUUAUACGAAAAAAUGACUUGUAGUAUAAAUAGAAAUAAAAAUUAGUUAAGAUGAGAAGAUUCCUCCAAUAGCUCUAAAUUUUCUCUAAAACAAAUUUUGAAUAUAUUCAAUUAUGCCAUAAACUUUAAAGUAAUCAAAAAUAUGUCUUCCCAAAACUGCCACAUCAAUUCAAACUAUAGAUUUCGAGAUUCAACAUCUGGGGAAAAGAAAAAAAUAUUAAAACAAAUUUGUCACCUUGAGCAGGGGCUCGUAAAAGAUGAUAGUGACUUUUCGACUGCUGCUUUAGAGACGGGCGUUUUCGUGAUCGAAUAAAUUCGUUACUUCAAAGUCUACUCAGUCCAAAGAGACCUUCAGAGACCUACAAAUAGAAGAGAAACUGUAUAUAGAGAAACAAAUCAUCCAGAAUUAUAUCGAGAUAGUAAAGAUGGUCGAAAGUCAAACUGAAGCUUUAUGAUCAAACCUUAUUUAUGGUACAGUCGAAUUAAUGCCGUUUGGUACACCUUGUUACAUUAGAAUAAGUGUUAUAAAACUGUUCAAAAUUUGUUUCGAGGAGGUAGUACUCUUAUAACUAGUUCAUAAAAAUGUUUAUUGAAGUGAAGAAAAAAAUGUAUGAUAUUGUAAAGUCGAGAUAAUUAAUUUUAAGUAUCAUUUAAAUAGUUUUUACUUAAAAUUUUAUAACUAAGUCGUUUCAAAGGACUGAAUUAUGUUUAACCAAACUGGAUUUGAGGUUAUGUGCAAAAGGAGCAAAAUUUUAAGACUGUACUUGAAAUAAAUUUUAUUAAAUUAUCAUUAUUUUCAAACAGUUUUUCCUGAAUCGAAGUUAAUUUUAUGAAAAUGAAACACCCAUUUCAAAUUAUUUUCAAUUACCCUUCUGAUUUAAUCUUCCUAACAUUGCUUACGACCCUGUAUUAAACUGAUUAGUAUAAUUUCUGAAUGAGUAAAAAUACAAAUUAAUAAUUUUGAUCAUUAAUAUAGUUGAUUUUGAGGCCGUUUCAAAUAGAAAACAAUUAUUACAAUAUUGUAUGAAUAGUGAAGUACCGGGUGUUAAAAUAACUAAAUAUUCAUUACAUCAAACUUACAUGAAACUCAACCAUUUUUACUUAAAAAACCAUAUACCACAGGACUUUUCAGGAACUAACCCGGAUCACGUUCAUCGUUGUUCAGAAACUGAUCGAAUUAAUCCGGUGGUAGUUGUGUCUACCCUGGUAGGACCGGUGCGGUGGGUGAAUACGAUCAGAUGACGAAUUUUUUUAUUUGUCUAUGGUUUUUUCGCACUUAAUUAUUUAUUCCCUUUGAAUAGCCGUCUACUAUUUUUUAUUAUCAUGAGCAACGCAAUUUAUGACACUUCAACAUAAAAGUAGCUUAUUCGUAUUAAAAUUUGAUGCAAAAUGUGGGUAAUUCAUUUAAUUACAAUUAUUAAACAACUACAAAAUAUUAUAUAACUGAAUAAAUAUCACGGAAAAAUUAACGCAAGGAAAAAAAGAACCGUAAGUUUCUUGUAGAUCAUCUUUUAAAUUUGAUAUUUUCACCGAAUAUUUAACAUAAUUUCGUUAUGAUCUCAGAUUAUAGUUUUCGAAAAACCUUCAUGUGAAUAAAUUUUGACAUUUUCGCCUUCAAAAUAAGCCAAUAAUAGUAUACCAACGCUAUUGGAAUUUCCCAUACACUUGUCAGUUUCGGCUGGAAAGACUUUCAAUACCUUAAGCAAUUUCUUUUAAUGGCGCGUUCCCCAAAGCGGAUUUUUUAGUUUCUAAAAGACCAAAUCUAGUUAAUACGGAGGCUGAGCGAUUAGUCUCUUUUCGUGUUGGAAUGAAUUCAUAACGACCCACACCAUAAUAGGAAAAAAAUUGAUUUUCUAUCGAUUUUAACGUGAUCCAUUCACUAAGUUGUUGGGCGGUUUCAACGAUUGGUCACCAGUAAUGAAGCGUAUGGUGGAUUUGCAAAAGAUUCAUGUGUUUUUGUACAAGUCUAAUAUUGACUUACCCAAAACACAUCAACCAUAAUAUGUAGAAUCGAUCCGUGAGGAAUGUUUUGCGUCCAAAACACUUCUAGAAUAUUCUCAACGAUUCCAUAGCGGGAAUUCCAUUGGAAAUACAAAAUUUCUCGAACUCAUACAAAUAUGGUGCGAAAACUUCACACGGAUAUAAAAAAAAUUGUAACUACGCGCGUAGUUUACACCGGGUCUAAUUUGAUCAGACCAUGUUUUAAUAAUUGAUGUAACAGGUAAUUCAAUCUUGAUUUUCAAGUUGGGAAGAUCGGCUGAUGGUAGAGGGUCAUACAAAUUAUCUGUUAUGAACCUCCAAAGGUGAAUGUGAUUGGUUAGUAAGACAGCGCACUAUCUUUCUUUUCUCUAUCUCACAGUUGCUCACACUGAUUAUACAUUCGAGUUUAAUAUGAAAUUAACUUGACGCAGUAACUAUAGAUUUCAUUUUUCCAAAUAGUUUUUCACCUUUGUUGUAUACUAGUAUUUUCUUGCGGAUAGCAUGCUCAACCGUGCCAACGAAUUUGAGCUUCAUGUAAUAAAUACUUCCGGUAUUCCACAGGACUUAGUUAUGUAACAAAAAUGUCAACUGUCAACUCGUUUGAGUGAUAAUUUCAUGCUUCCAAUUUGACUUUUCGAAUUAUUUUGUAUUGAUUUCUUUACGAAUGUGAUGGAUUGUAAUUUUGUAAUAUAAUAUGUACUUUAAAUGUAAAAAAAU